AUGAGGUAUGAUUGCCAUUAGUGUUGAAGCUAGAAACAAAGAAGGUGUCACGAAGACUAGUGAAUCGACAAAAGCACCCGUCCGGUCCAGCCCAGUGGGGGAUGGGCUGAAUCCCAAGGCUGUGAUCACCAUCAAGCCGAGCCUCCUUCCGAUCGCCAGCACAACCAUCCCUCGCAAACAAUUACCACCGCCCAAACCUCCACCACGUCACGUCGCAAUGGCCUCCUUCCAACCUCUCGAACCCGAAGAGGAACACCGAAGCUCCAGAGAAGACGAACUCCAUAGAACGCGUCUCCUAAACGUCCAAGAAAAACCAUUCAAGCGCAUCACAGGUCGUCUCCUAGGUCCACACUCCCUUCUCGCGACACCAAUCAAACUCCCUACUCCACCCCCAGAUACCGCCGACGAAGGCACAGCUCUGCAAGACAGCGAACUUCAAAAACAACUAGAUAAUCGUCGCCAGUUGCGCGAAGAUUUUAUCCUCGACUUCGUAGCCUUUGACGAUAACAUGGCGCGCAUACAAUUCCUCUACAACAGUAACGAGCGCGAACGCGAACGGUACAAAGCUGAUAAACAGCGCAUUCUAGAUACAGCGCAGGAGGUUAGGGAUAGUACUGUAGGAUUGAAGGUUCAGCUUGAGGAGGCAAAGAGGUCGUUGGAACAAAGGAAGAAGUUUGAUGAGUUGACGGAGAAGAUUACGAAUAAUAAGUUAUUGCGGCCAAGAGCAGAUCAGGAGAUCAAUUUGAAGAAAUUGGAGGAGGAAUGUAAGGAGUUGGAGAGGGAAAGUGCGACGUAUGCAGAAACAUGGAAGGAGAGAAGGGAGCAGUUCGGAAGGAUUGUGGAGGAGGGAAUGCAAUUGCGACGAUUGAUUCGUGAUGAGAAGGAAGAGGUUGAGAGGAGAGAAGGCAUGGACGGUGCUGAAGAGGAUGGAGAAGUUGGGGAAAACGGAGAGAAUGGGGAAGCUUCAAUGGGAGGAGAAACGCCGAAGCAUGCGAGUGUCAGUGGUAAUGCGACUCCGGGGCCUGAGCCAAGCGCCAACAGCCCUGGAAAUACUUUGAAGCCACGCUCAUUCCCAUCUGGAUCGUUUUCGAAAGCUGGUAGCAGGGCGACGAGUCGAGCCGGCUCACCAGCUCCUUCGGAACGCCGUAGAGAAGACUCAACGAUGGGUGAGGAUGCUACCAUGACAGACUCAGGAUCAAAAGCGGAUAUCACGCCAGGUACACCAAUGGCAGAAGACGAGACACCUCGAGUUACCAUUGAUGAGCCAAGUGUUGAGGAGGGAGAGAUGGAAGAAAAAAUGGAUACCACAUAG